CAAGUACUAAUGAAUCUUUGUGUCCAAGAAAAACGGCGCUUAAGCCCUAAACAGAUUCCGAAUCUUUCAAACACUGACGGCUGAGAUCGUCCCAUCGUGUGGAUAGUCCGUUCUGACUGCUUCCUCUCUUUGAUCAAUCUUCAGUAGGUGAAAAACUCUCAUAACUGUUACUGACGCAGCCAUGUGUGGGAUUCUCGCCGUGCUCGGCAUCGCCGAGAACCCUCAGGGGAAGAGGACGAGGGUUGUUGAACUCUCCAGGAGAUUGCGGCACAGGGGACCUGAUUGGAGUGGUCUGUAUUGUCAUCAGAAUUGUUAUCUUGCUCAUGAACGUUUAGCUAUUAUUGAUCCUACUUCAGGAGAUCAGCCUCUGUUUAAUGAAGACAAGACCAUUGCUGUUACGGUUAAUGGUGAAAUAUAUAACCAUAAGGAACUAAGGGAGAGAUUGAAGUCUCAUGUGUUCAGAACAGGAAGUGAUUGUGAAGUUAUAGCUCAUUUGUAUGAAGAAUAUGGUGAAGAUUUCGUUGAUUUGUUGGAUGGAAUGUUUUCUUUUGUGCUUCUCGACACCCGUGAUAACAGUUUCAUUGCUGCCCGGGAUGCCAUUGGUAUUACUCCACUCUACAUGGGCUGGGGUCUUGAUGGUUCUACCUGGUUUGCUUCAGAAAUGAAAGCCUUGAGCGAUGAUUGUGAGCGUUUCACCCCUUUUCUUCCUGGCCAUAUAUAUUCGAGCAAAAAAGGAGGGCUACGAAGAUGGUACAACCCACCAUGGUACACAGAAGAUAUUAUACCUUCAGGUCCUUACGACCCCCUUGUCCUAAGAAAGGCCUUUGAGAAGGCCGUCGUGAAGAGGCUUAUGACGGAUGUACCCUUUGGUGUACUUCUAUCCGGUGGGCUAGACUCAUCCCUAGUUGCUUCGGUGGCUUCCCGCUAUUUGGAAAAUUCACAAGCUGCUCAGUGGGGAACUCAAUUACACUCCUUUUGCAUUGGUUUAGAGGGUUCUCCCGAUCUAAAAGCUGCCAGAGAAGUUGCAGACUAUCUCCAUACUCGCCAUCAUGAGUUCCAUUUUUCAGUGCAGGAAGGAAUAGAUGCAUUAGAAGAAGUCAUCUAUCAUCUUGAGACGUAUGAUGUAACUACUAUAAGAGCCAGCACUCCAAUGUUUCUCAUGUCCCGAAAGAUCAGAUCUUUAGGAGUCAAAAUGGUUCUAUCUGGUGAAGGCUCUGACGAGAUUUUUGGAGGGUAUCUAUAUUUUCACAAGGCACCUAACAAGGUCGAGUUUCACCAAGAAACCUGCAGAAAGAUCAAAGCACUCCAUCUCUACGACUGUCUGAGAGCUAAUAAAGCUACUUGUGCAUGGGGGGUUGAAGCUCGUGUUCCUUUCUUAGACAAGGAAUUUAUCAACGUCGCAAUGGGUAUUGAUCCCCAAUGGAAAAUGAUAAAACCUGGAAGAAUUGAGAAGUGGAUUCUGCGCAAUGCCUUUGACGAUGAGCAAGCUCCAUAUCUGCCUAAGCACAUAUUGUACAGACAGAAGGAGCAGUUCAGCGAUGGAGUCGGAUACAGUUGGAUCGAUGGGCUGAAAGAAUAUGCAAACCAACAGGUUACAGAUGCCAUGCUUACCAAUGCUAAUUUUGUAUACCCUGAGAAUACUCCGACAACAAAAGAGGGGUACUACUACAGGACUAUUUUCGAGAGGUUCUUUCCUAAGAAUGCAGCAAGAUCAACGGUUCCCGGAGGGCCGAGCGUGGCAUGCAGCACAGCAAAGGCUGUAGAAUGGGAUGCAGCGUGGUCGAAGAAUCUCGACCCGUCGGGGCGGGCUGCCCUGGGUGUUCACAUUGCAUCAUAUGAUGAUAAUGAUGAUGAUGCAAAAACACAGAGUGGAGAGGUUCCUGGCAUCACCAAAAACUCCUCCUGAGAAGGGUUAUGUUAAGUGUCGAUGAUGAUGAUAUUGGUAAAGAACCAAAUGGGAUAUGCUAUGCUUUCACGGUUCUGUAAUGUUUGAAUGAAUAUUUAUUUGAUUGUGGUGUUUUACUGAUAAUUUAUAACUCUACUAUUAUCAUUAUAUGAAUGAACUUGAACUUGAACUGGAACAUUAGUCUUUCAAGUCAUUCUAGAGGCAUACAUAAAUGAUAUGUAUGUCUUUUAUGUCCUGACGAUGGUAACUAAUGAGUAGUUGAUGCAUUACUAUCUUCA